GGGCUGAAAGAGGUUAAUCACUUAUCCUCAUUAAAGAAAAACAUAGUCAAGCACAUAUAUAAAGAUAAAAUGCUUGAUAAGCUUCUUGGACGGAUCGCUGAGUUCGGGCUGCAGGGAUACGGCCACAAGGGUUACGGGAGCGGCCGUGGCUACGGGUUCGAGGAGCGCGAGGAGUUUGUGGCUCAUGUGGAGUCAGAAGGAGGCUACUUUGACCGUCAAGCCCGCUACGACCACCGCAUAAGGCUUCCUGCCAACCAUGGCCGUCCACCCAUGUCUCACAUGUCUGUCUGCGAUGAAGAAGACUCAGACGUGGAGGAGUUCUUUGAGAGCAACCAGAGCCACUACACUAGCAAUAACCACCAGUACAACCAACAGUCACCUCAUCGCAACUUGAUCAUGCCCCCAUCUCCUCACAACGGAAAGAUAGCAAAGAUAGGAAAGAUGGAUAAUGGAUGGCAGGGGCAGCAUGAAGAAAUAUACCAGAGUGGGUAUGGGAAGCACCAUGGUGGGCACGAGGUCCAACACCAUGGCGAACACGAAGUGCAGCACCACCAGAUACAAGGGAUGAAGCAUCAAAGCGGGCACGGGGUUAAACACCAUAACGAGCAUGGGAUGCAGCACCACGACAUGCAUGGAAUAAAGAAUCAAAGCGGGCAUGGAGUUCAGAACCAUAGCGAGCAUGGGAUGCAGCACCACGAGAUGCUGGGGAUGAAGCACCAAAGCGGACACGGGGUUCAGUGCCAUAGCGGGCACGGGGUUCAGCACCAUAACGAGCAUGGGAUGCAACACCACGAGAUGCAAGGGAUGAAGCACCAAAGCAAGCACGGGGUUCAGAACCAUAACGAGCAAGAGAUACAACACCACGAGAUGCAAGGGAUGAAACACCAAAGCGGGCAUGGGGUUCAGCACCAUAGCGAGCAGGGGAUGCAGCACCACGAAAUGCAGGGGAGGAAGCACAAAAGCGAGCAUGGCGUUCAGCACCACAACAAGCACGAAAUACAGCACCAUGAGAUGCAAGGGAUGAAGCAGCAAAGCGGGCAAGGGGUUCAACACCAAAGUGAGCACGGGGUUCAGCACCAUAGCGAACACGAGAUGCAGAACCACAACAUGCAGGGGAUGAAGCACCAAAACGGGCACAGGAUUCAGCACCAUAGCGAGCAUGGGAUGCAGCACCACGGCAUGCAGGGGAUGAAACACCAAAGCGGGCACGAGGUUCAGCACCAUAGCGAGCACGAGAUGCAAGGGAUAAAACACAAAAUUGGGCACGGGGUUCAACACUAUAGCGAGCAUGGAAUGCAACAUCAUGACAUACAGGGUAUGAAGAACCAUAACGGGCAAGCGGUUCAGCACCAUAACAAGCACGGGAUGCAGCACCGAGGCAGGCAUGAGAUGCAACACGAGGGCGGGCAUGAUAUGCAGCAGUACAAUGCAAAUGGCAUGAAGUACCAUGGCGGGAUUGGGAUGCAGCAGUACAACAGGCAAGGAAUGAAGCACCAUGACAUGUUUAUGGCUCCCCAGGUUCCACCACAUCAUGUGUACAUGAACCCCAACCAUGACAGUAGUGGAGGCCGUACAGUAGUGGCCGUGAAGGCUACUGAGAAUUGGUGGGUCGGCAACAACCGAAAGAUCGGGUGGGGGAGUAAGGGACUCUAGGACUCCACCUAAUUACUCUGCUGAUUCAAUUAAGAAAGUAAUGAUUAUGUAUCUCAAGUAAUAAAAAUGUAUAAGAUGUAAUGUGUGUGAUGGAUAUGUUUCAGUAUCUUACCAAAACCAACUAGGGGACUUUUAACCCCAAAAAAGAAGUGAUUUUAUUUGAUGAUCA